AUGUCAAUCUACUUUGAACGGUUGCCUCGUGAACAGUGUAGGGAUGAAAGGAUAUUAAACAGAGAUUCUGAUGUUAUUUUAUAUCAACUCAUAUCUGUGAUUUCUGUUUUUGAUCUGACACAACAGGAUUUAUUCAUUGGCAAAUACGCAUUAGCAAUGUCGAUGGAGCAAGUUCAAGUUCAGGAGAGUUUGAAAUUUUUAAGAAAAGAAGGAUUUUGA